GACGCCGAGAGAGAAGUUGCGCUAGAAGCCCUUUAAAGUUGCUCUAUCUCUCUGCGAUAGGGAAAAAUAACUUACGGAAAUGGAAGAAAAAAGGUCAAGUCUUGAGUCCCCCUUGAUUCCAAUAGCACAAGAAAAAGCAUUAGAAUCUAGGAAGGGAUUCAACAAAGAGGAUAUUAUAGCAGAGGCGAAGAAGCAGCUGUGGUUAGCAGGGCCACUUGUGCUGGUUAAUCUCCUGGUGAACGGUUUGCAAGUGAUCUCAAUCAUGUUUGUGGGUCAUCUGGGAGAGCUAGCCCUUGCUGGUGCUUCCAUGGCCAGUUCUUUUGCAUCAGUAACUGGUUUCAGUUUGUUGAUUGGAAUGGCAUGUGCAUUAGACACAUUCUGUGGUCAGUCCUACGGUGCAAAACAGUAUCACAUGCUUGGUGUACACAUGCAGAGGGCUAUGCUUGUUCUUCUACUGGUCUGCAUUCCCCUUGCCCUUAUAUGGGCCAAUGCCGGCCACAUCCUUGUAUUCUUGGGACAAGAUCCUGAAAUUUCAGCUGAAGCUGGUCUUUAUGCCCGGUUCAUGAUACCUUGCAUUUUUGCUUUUGCGAUCCUUCAGUGUCAUGUUAGAUUCUUAAAAACCCAAAGUAAGGUAGCUCCCAUGGUGGUUAGCACUGGAGUUACAACAUUAUCUCAUAUACUCAUUUGUUGGAUUCUAGUAUUUAAGUCCGGCCUUGGAAGUAAGGGUGCGGCUCUGGCAAAUGCCAUAUCUUAUUGGAUCAAUGCAUUGUCAUUGAUAAUUUAUAUUCGGAUAUCUCCCUCUUGUAAGAAGACAUGGAAUGGAUUUUCAAAAGAAGCAUUUCGUGGGAUUCUUGAGUUUCUAAAACUGUCCAUUCCCUCGGCUGUAAUGAUCUGCUUCGAAAUCUGGUCAUUCGAAAUGAUGGUUCUUUUAUCUGGGCUUCUACCUAACCCAAAGCUUGAAACAUCAGUGCUGGCAAUCAGCCUUAACACGUGUUCGUUGGUUUAUAUGAUACCCCUCGGGCUCAAUGGUGCAGCAAGCACAAGAGUCUCAAAUGAGCUGGGUGCUGGGAGACCGGAAGCAGCUCGCCUAGCAGUACGUGUUGCUGUAGCGAUGGUUGCUACAGAGGGCAUCCUGGCAGCCACCAUCAUGAUAGUGGGACGUAAUGUUUGGGGCUACUGUUACAGCAAGGAAGAAGAAGUAGUAAGAUAUGUGGCAGAAAUGUUGAUCUUGAUUGCAGUCUCCCACUUUUUUGAUGGUCUUCAAUCUGUGUUUUCAGGCACUGCAGCAGGGUGUGGAUGGCAGAAGAUAGGGGCUGUUGUUAAUCUGGGAGCUUAUUAUGUUGUAGGCAUUCCCACGGCUAUCGUAUUAGCUUUUGUCUUCCAUUUUGGUGGAAAGGGACUGUGGUCGGGAAUUAUAGUGGCAUUGUUUGUGCAAGCACUGUCCUUAGCAAUAAUAACUCUACGCAUUGAUUGGGAGAAAGAAGUGAAGAAAGCUGAUGAUAGAGUACAUAAUGCAAUGACCGCAUCAUAGUCUUGAAAGGCACGAAAAAGGAAAUUGGCUACAGACAUAAAUUAGGAGAUAGUUAAUAAAGGAGGGAGGUUCAUGCUAAGAAACCUGUGGAUUCCACUUUUUGCAAGAGCAUUCGUGCCAUGUUAAAGACUGGACGCAUUAAUAGAGUAUCAGUCGUUUUAUCAAAAGCUUCAGAUUAACAAUCUGGACUUCCACUAGAGGAGUUGAGCAAGAAGCUAGAGGAAAGUUGUUCGCUUGUUUAUUUCUCAUUAGCUGUUUGUAGCUCGUUUGGUAAUAUUUGGUUCUGCAAUAUUGUGGUAGCCGUACGUGGUUGGGGAGGCAGAGUAGAUUCUUAUUGAAACUAAUCAUGCGGAAGCCUUGAUCCACCGGCUUCUACAAUAGCUAAUUAACUUUGCCUUUUUUAAAUGUAGUGGUUUUUAUAAUAAGGGGUGUAUUAAUGCGUCUUCAAAAAAAAAAAAAAAAGGGGUGUAUUAAUGCACAAGUUUGUGAGUAGCAAAACUCUAUUAAAAUUAUACGAUUGCUUCUAUCUAAA